UUAGAGGCUUCUGCCCAUCAUCAUGGAGGAGACGUCAGAGAUGUUCGAGCAAGUUCUGAACUCAGGGCCUCCUGAGUCCAGCGAUGAUCAAGACUCCUGUGAUGAUUCAGUCUCACAGUCAGAAAUGUUAGUAAAGGACCUGAAAAAGCUGACGUUCAACCCCAGUGCCGAGAAGUCCCCUUCUUUACAGCCAGUACGUUAUCGCCGCCGCCAGCAUUGCCGCCCCCGUCCGAAGAUGAGGGUGGUAGAGAACAACAGUGAAAAAAUCUUGAGAGCAGUCCAAAGUGCCUUUCCCAAGAGAAGAGUCUGCAUGCUACUGUCUGUGCAGAAAGAUCCUGUAGCAAGGAUGAAAAGAUUUAUGUGGAUUGAAAAGACACUAAGAAGCCGUAAUGGAGAGAGGGAUGAGAGUGAGCCGUUCAGAUGCCUCUGCACUUUCUGCCUGUAUGAAGGGUGGGGUCCUGCUGAGAAUGCUAAAAUAGUGCAGAAUUAGGACAGUCAGUUC